AUCUCAAACUGAACAUCUCUGCCCGCCCCAAAUACACUAUUUCAUUCUGAAUAAGCCCCCAAAGCCAUGGCUAACGGCACGGAUCUCCUGGCCCAGUUCUCCAUCACCAACAGCAAGACCGGAGAGAUCGUGAGAAUGACCGCCCUGCUCGUCAUGUUGGUGACCUUCUGCAUCUUCCUGUAUUUCGCUCUGCUUCUACUGAGUGUCAUCUUCGCCACCCCUCACGUCCGGGAACAGUCCCGCUAUGUACUCUUUGCCCACAUGAUCAUUAACGACACCGUGAGUCUGUUCAUCUCUGUAUUCCAGUUUGUAGCCGCCAUGUACAGUAUUCCCAUCCCCACCGUCAUCUGUUGGGUCAUGAUCAUCUUUGGCAAAGUGUCCUUCUUAGUGACUCCAGGCAACCUGGCGGUCAUGUCCCUAGAGCGCUAUGUGGCCAUUUGCCACCCCCUGCGGCACGCCGAGUUCUGCACUUGCCAGAGAACCAACGCAGCAAUAUUGGUCCUGUGGGGGAUUGGACUCGUUCCUGUGGCACUUGAGUUCAUAAUUAUGGGCUACUUAAUUGGGAAGAGCGUCUUGUCUGUUAAUGCUAUCUGCUACUGGCUCGCUCCAGAAGUCAACAGGGUGCAGACCAUUAUUCGGUUGAUUACGGAUUCCGUCAGCUUCACCUCGGUGGGACUCGUUAUAUUCUACACCUACAUUCGGGUGCUGUUGGUUGCUCGGAGAAUGACUUCGGGGAAAUCGACGGCGUCCAAAGCUGGGAAAACAGUGUUACUCCAUGGCUUCCAGCUGCUGCUCUGCAUGUCCUCCUUCACCAGCACCAUCACCGAGACCUACCUCAUUGCCUAUUUCGCUUUCAUUCGCAUAACCAACUUCCUGGUGUUAUUCUUCCUGCCAAAAAUCAUCAGCCCCCUCGUUUACGGGAUGAGAGAAGAAGUGUUCAGCAAAUAUGUGAAAAAGAGGCUUUGCCCGCCCCGCGGGAGGCAGCUAUUCAAGAAAAGGAAGGUUUUUUCCAUGAAUGGGAUCAGUAGAAGUUAAUGGGCCCCACAACAGAAUCUUCUGAGGGUCCCGUUACCCUGGGAAAAUGACCCAUUUAUCACUAAUAUCUUUUAGGAAUUCUACUUAUCCCCUACACCCCCAGCAACUGCAACCCAUACAAAUUAUGUUUUUUUAAUAAAAUGAUGUUUUACAAUAAAUGAUUGAAUUCAA